GACUCGAUGCUUUAGAUCUCCCUUCAUCGUUUGCGUUUCGAUGAGAAAUGGAUUGUGAUCGAGGGCUUCAUGCUGAAAUUUGGUAAAGACGGGGUCUUUCAGGGGAGGUGGAGAUUCGAAGAUGGAAGUCGCAGUGGGUAGGCGAGAGGAGAUGUGUUGGUUGGCGAGAGAGGCGGUGAGAGCUUCUUGGAGUUGGAGCUGGAAGGCGAAGUCUUCGUCCGACGGGUGCAAGCGGAGCGCCAUGUUCUCGCGCCGAUGCUGUGUCAGAAAGGCGUCCUGGUCAGGUAUAAGUCAAGGUCUUCGCCGCAGUGAGAAAGUCCCAGUGGCCCAAGUGGCCACGGGCCACCUAGUCUAUUGUAAAAGCCACUUUUAAUCUAGUCUUUAUUCCAAAAAAAAAAAAUCUCAUCUAUAAUUUGCUUAAAUGAAAAGUGUUUGAUUUUUUAAAAAUAAAAUUUUAAAUUUUAA